AUGUGGUGGAGAUCAGCAUCAUUCAUCCUGGACAGGCAGCAGCAGCAGCAGAACGACACCGAUUUGAGGCCCGACUCCUCCCUGUCCAUCACUCCUCCUCCGCCUACGGCUACAACCGAAUCCUCAAACCCUAACCCUAACCCUAACCCUAUGAUUUCGGCUUACUAUCAGACGAGAGCGGCGCACCACGGCGUUGUCACCAGCGACUGGCUGGCCCAGGCUCAGGCUGCAAUCGGACAGAACCCUGACCCUGAACCUCAACUCAGGGUCAACUUCCCCGAUCCUGAUAAGCCCUUCAGUGUCAUUGAUGAGUUUAAUAACUGGCGGAAACAGCCCGAUUUGGCCGAGGCCGUCGCCGCCAUUCGCGCCCUCGCCGCCGUCAUAAGGUCCAGCCAGGCUACCACUAUGAUGCAGCUUGAAAUUGAGCUCAAGAACGCCUCUGAUUCUCUCAAGUUGUGGGAUACAACCUCUAUCUCUUUGACAGCUGGCUGUGAUCUGUUUAUGCGAUAUGUAACAAGAACUUCUGCUUUAGAAUAUGAAGACUUCAAUUCCGCUAAAUCACGCUUAAUUGAACGUGCCGAGAAGUUUGGGGAAAUCUCCUACAAGGCUCGGAAAAUUAUAGCAAUGUUGAGUCAAGAUUUUAUAUUUGAUGGGUGUACAAUUUUGGUUCAUGGUUUUUCCAGAGUUGUCUUCGAAGUUCUUAAGUUGGCAGCGCAAAAUAAAAAACUAUUUCGGGUCUUCUGCACAGAGGGAAGACCAGACCGAACAGGAUUGCGGUUGUCCAAUGAGCUGGCCAAGCUCGAUGUUCCUGUUAAACUUCUAAUAGACUCUGCAGUUGCAUACACUAUGGAUGAGGUGGACAUGGUUUUUGUGGGUGCAGAUGGUGUUGUUGAAAGUGGGGGCAUAAUUAACAUGAUGGGGACAUAUCAAAUUGCAUUGGUUGCACACAGUAUGAAUAAACCUGUUUAUGUCGCUGCUGAAAGCUACAAGUUUGCUCGUUUUUACCCUCUUGACCAAAAGGAUUUGGCCCCUGCCUUACGCCCUAUUGAUUUCGGUGUACCCAUUCCAUCCAAAGUUGAGGUUGAAAGGUCUGCGCGGGACUACACUCCUCCUCAAUUUCUGACUCUGCUUUUCACGGAUUUGGGUGUUCUUACUCCUUCUGUUGUUAGUGACGAGCUGAUCCAGCUAUACUUAUAGUCAGCCAUGUAUAAUUUUUAGUUUUUCUUUGAAAAUGUUAGCCUCAAUUCAAGAUCAAGUAUGUCUCGUGAAACAAUUUUGUAACAAGUACGUGCAUCUUUUCAAUUAAAUAGGGAUAGUUUUUAAUUGAAUUUCAUCAAAG